GGCGCUGCGUCCCGCCGCGCCUGUGCUGGCCCUCGGGGCUGCGGGAGCCUGGCUAGGAAGCCGAGCGGUGACUCCCCGCCGCUCCCGGGGGCCGUGACGGUGAGCAGCCUCGCCCCGCUGCGGGGAUUGUGACGCGCCCGGCGGGGACGGGGCGAGCGGGCGCCGGCGGGGUGCGGGCGCAGAGGUGAGCGCCGGCACCUGGCUCGGCGCCCCGCGUGUCGGCCGCAGCUCUGUGUGCCGUUGGGGCCGUUGGAGGGUGCGGGUGGGUGCUGACUCGGGCCGCGCCUCAGGAGGAGGUGGGAGGAGAUGGCUACAUAGAAGAGUGACAGCAGCUAGACUGAACUCACUGCUGCUGAACUGGUUCCUCAGGUAUCCUGGCUCUAGAGAUUGCUAUGGGAGAUUGGAUGACUGUUACAGAUCCAGGUCUGUCUUCAGAAAGCAAAAAUAUCUCUCAAUAUACCUCAGAAACAAAGAUGUCUCCAUCAAGUCUAUACUCACAGCAAGUGCUAUGUUCUUCAAUCCCUUUAUCAAAAAAUGUGCACAGUUUUUUCAGUGCCUUCUGCACAGAAGAGAAUAUUGAACAAAGUAUUUCCUAUCUUGAUCAGGAAUUGACUACUUUCGGUUUUCCUUCAUUAUAUGAAGACUCCAAAGGUAAAGAGAAAAAGAGAGAAUUAAAUAUAGUAGCUGUUUUAAAUUGUAUGAAUGAGCUACUUGUGCUUCAGCGGAAGAACCUUCUAGCUCAGGAAAAUGUGGAAACCCAGAAUCUGAAGCUGGGAAGUGACAUGGACCAUCUACAGAACUGCUACACAAAACUUAAGGAACAACUGGAAACCUCCAGGAGGGAAAUGAUUGGGCUUCAGGAAAGAGACAGACAGUUACAAUGCAAGAACAGGAAUUUACAUCAGCUCCUGAAAAAUGAGAAAGAUGAGGUGCAAAAAUUACAAAAUAUAAUUGCAAGUCGAGCUACUCAAUAUAAUCAUGAUAUGAAGAGAAAAGAGCGUGAAUAUAAUAAACUGAAGGAACGUCUACAUCAGCUUGUUAUGAACAAGAAGGAUAAAAAAAUAGCUAUGGAUGUUUUAAAUUACGUGGGAAGAGCUGAUGGAAAAAGAGGCUCCUGGAGGACUGGUAAAACUGAAGCCAGGAAUGAAGAUGAAAUGUAUAAAAUUCUCUUGAAUGAUUAUGAAUGUCGUCAGAAACAAAUCCUAAUGGAAAAUGCUGAACUUAAGAAGGUUCUUCAGCAAAUGAAAAAGGAAAUGAUUUCCCUUCUUUCCCCCCAAAAGAAGAAACCUAGAGAAAGAGCAGACGAUAAUGCAGGAACUGUUAUCUCCGAUGCCGAAGAGGAUGCGGGGGAGCUGAAUAGGGACAGUGUGUGGGACCUUUCCUGUGAGACGGUGAGAGAGCAGCUUACAAACAGCAUCAGGAAACAGUGGAGAAUUUUAAAAAGUCAUGUUGAAAAACUUGAUAACCAAGUUUCAAAGGUACAUUUAGACGGUCUUAAUGACGAAGAUGUAAUCUCACGACACGAUCAUGAACAAGAAACUGAAAAACUUGAGUUAGAAAUUCAGCAGUGUAAAGAAAUGAUUAAAACUCAGCAGCAACUUUUACAGCAGCAGCUGGCGACUGCAUGUGAUGAUGAUACCACUUCACUGAUACGAGACUGUUAUUUGUUGGAAGAAAAGGAACGUCUCAAAGAAGAAUGGGCCCUUUUUAAAGAGCAAAAAAAGAACUUUGAGAGAGAAAGACGAAGCUUUACAGACGCUGCUAUUCGCCUGGGAUUGGAGAGGAAGGCAUUUGAAGAAGAAAGAGCCAGUUGGUUAAAGCAGCAGUUUUUAAAUAUGACUACCUUUGACCACCAGAACUCAGAAAAUGUGAAAUUUUUCAGUGCCUUCUCAGGAAGUUCUGAUCAGGACAAUCUUGGAGUACACUCGAGGCAACGGCUAAAGAAGCCUCACAGUGUGGCUAACGGGUCUCCAGUCUGCACAUCUAAACUCGCGAAAUCUCUCCCUGCCUCACCUUCUCCUUCAGACUUUGGCCAGACACGUUCCUGUGUAUCCAAACACAGUUCAAGCAAUGUGCUGAAUAUAACUCCUGAAGAAACUCAACCCAGUCAGGUUGGAAGGGAAUGUACAAAUCAGAAAUGGAGUGUGGCAUCCAGACCCGGAUCCCAGGAAGGUGGCCACGGUGGAUGCUCUUUGACCUACACAAAUUCUCAUGUAGAAAAGGACGACUUACCUUAGACAUGUGGACUGCAGUUUUUUUCCGUCAACAUAUUCAUCAAAUUUCACACAUAAGUUGAAACAGGGUGUGUCAUAAAGUCAUUUAUCUCUGAUAAUUUAAGAUGGUCUGAGUUGUUUGUUUGGACUUCCCUGUCUUCCCCAAAAGAACUGAAAUGUUAAGUCUAUUUAAAAGGAUAUGAAAAGCUUUGGAUAUGUAUUUUCAGUAACAGAAGCAUCUGGUUCUGUGAAAAAAGGAAUGUAUAGGUGUUUGGAUGGAAGCAAAAGCACUAGAAUGAGUUUCCUCUUAUAGGUAUUAAAAAUAGCACUUUUAGGAAACUGAUUAUUGUAAAUGUUUAAUUUUUGUCUCAGAUAUAGUUGGCAUUGAAAGGUUAGCCUUUACUUGAAUGUAUACUGUAGAUUUUUAACAAAGCAAGUUCUAUAUUUAUUAUGUUUAGUGUGAUUUGAAAUUACCUCUUUCAUAUGUUUAAAUAAAAGUGAAAUUUAUGUAUGUUUUGUACAUAGAUAUACAUGAUUAUGUUUGAGGCUUUAAGAUUUAAAAGUUUCACACAACCAUAAGUAUAGUAUUUCAUGCCAAUACAAUUUUUUUAGUGGUAUUCUGUUUACAGAUGUAUUAGGACCAUUGCCACAUUACAUUUAAGAAUUUUUUAAAUACAUCUGGGCAAUAAAUAUUCAAAGCUAUUCCAUGAAACCUAGUUCUUUAGAUAAUCAGCAUUACUAAUAUACAUUUUUGAGAUUUUUACAGCAUUAGAUUUUUAUUUUAUAUAUGUAGGAUAUUAUAAUUUUUAAAAGGACUAUUGGUGAUAAAGUAAUAGGGCAGGACAACAAAAGUACCUUUGAAUAAAACAAUUUAAGAAUAUUGGUUUAAGAUAUUUGGGUGGUAGAAGAUAUUUAAGAUAUCUAGAUGGUGGUAUUUUCCUUACCAGAUGGGUACUAGUACAGUAACAUUCUGUACCAGCUAGGGCUUUGUAUCAUUGCCAGUAAUUUUUAAGUGAUUUUUUUAAUGAGAUAUUUACCACUAAUGAUAAAUAUGACAAUGUAAAAGCACUGAAUUUUAUAAUUCCGAUAUUAUAUGCUCUGGACAAACUUGUGUUGUUUCAUUUUCAGAACAAUCUUAGGCUCUUUCCUGUCUCUGUAAGAAUGUUUCUGAUUGCAUGUUUCUUCAUGAAAAGUAUGUCGUUAUUGAUAGUAGUAAUAAUAGAGGCCCAGCUGUU